AAACCCGUUUUUACCAGUUUCUUUGUGAUUGACUGAGAACGGAUAUUAUUUUUAAACCAGCGUAGAGUUGAUGACAAUUAGAUCAGGCCAUUGAGAAGCUGGACACUGAGAGAUUUUUAGAUACACCGUGUUUAAAUGUACUCUGUCACUAAUAAUCAGACCUUUCUGACACGUUGAGAAUCGCAGUAUGGUGCCUGUACUAUCUGUUUGUACCCCUUAGAGCAUGGGAACAGUAGGCUGUUCUGUCUUUGUUCUAAAACAGAGGCUGGUCCCAGUGCUGCUCUUAGUCCAGAGAAGAGUUGCUGAUUUCAAAGGAGCUUUGUGUACAGGAAUUUCCUUUGUGGGCAUCUCUCUGUCUCGCUGCCCUCUCUGACUUUGUGUGGUGCUGUUGUGGCCUCUCUGAAUAAUGUUCCUGCCAGCGGAUGCUGCCCAUGCUGUCCUGAGGAGGUUCCCUAGAGCGAACUUCUUUCUGGAGGAGAUGAAACAGGGUAACAUCCAGAGGGAGUGCAGAGAGGAAGUGUGCAACUAUGAGGAGGCCAGGGAGGCUUUCGAGAACAACGAGAAAACGAGGCGAUUCUGGGAGGAGUAUCAGCGCGAGAGCAGCCCCAAGCCUGGAGGUCUAGAGUCUAUAGCGGGUGGAAUCAACUCCCUCUACCUGAUCCUCCCACUUCUGCUGGUUCUGCUCCUUAUCGCUGCCGUCUCCGUCACGGCAUGGAGGUGUCACUCGCGCAAGAGAUCCCAGCGCAGCCCUGGCCGACCCCAGAGAGACCCCACCCUUGCCGUAGUCUCUAUGGACCAGUGGGGGCGAGACUACCGACCUGACCUCAGCCCACACUCUGAGAUAAGUGCACCUGGUAGCCCUGCCUACCCAGGUGUUGACCUCACACCUGGGCGUGGCAGUGCAGGGGACCUACCCCCUUCUUAUGAGGAAGCCGUGGGUCAUAUGGAUGUGCGCGUAGAGACAGAAGCCCCCCCACAGUAUGAAGAGAUUAUAAAUAACUCUGCUAACAACGUUAUGAUUGGGCAUGCAAAAUGAGGUAUCGUCCAAUCAUAACACCCCACCAGACAUCCCCUUCUUCUUGAGGUUUAUCAUCCGCCUUGCUGCGUCUGUCCUUCACAAACUGCUGAAACAGGUUUUUUAAUACCAGCAAACUUCACAAGCAAAACACAGAAGAUGCCUGCUUGAAAUCAAAUGCUUCCUAAUAGGUAAUGGAAGUCUCAAUCCUGCUUUAGACAGUCCCUGUUGUACCCAGACGUCAUGCCCAUCUGCUCCGAGCCGUCUCGCUUAACUGGGAAAUUCUGCUGGCCAGCGUCACUGUCCUUGUUCUCUGGGCCUGGAUGCAAACAUCCCCAUCAUUUAGAUCUGCCCGGUAGAAUAGGGAAUAGCAGAGGAAGUGUCCACUCUUCAACCUUUCAGUUCUGAUUCCGUCAUGACAGAGCACUCUUAACGUUCCACCUCAUUACACAGUGCUCACUAUCAGUAUUGGCAAAACACAGAGAUCUGUGCGGAGCAGGAUUCUCCAUGUCACACACGGACAACUGCGUGGAGCGGGACUCUCUGCUACCGGACGUGGAGGCCUGCAGCAUUAUGAAGCCCUGGUUCUUUGAACACACCUGGUUCGAGCUAAGGAAUACGACUGUGAAGCCCUUCAGAAGCCCAGGCUGCUACCUUAGGGCAGAGGAUACGCUACACGAUGAUCAACUGCAGACCCGAGGAACAGUUUUGUAUUUGUUUAUUUGUUUGUGUAAGUAGGGAAGUUGUGUUGACACUAAUGUUUUAAUUCAUUUCAUUUCAACAAGAAAAUAAUAAAAUCUAACAAGGAAACAGAACCUGCAGCCGAACUUAAAAACCUGGAAAUCACAAGCAAACUCUUGCCUGAUACGGCCCUGCAGCGUUGGUGUUGGAUCCAACGCCUGUAGAGUGGCAGACCGAGCAGUGAGCCUUGAUGUACCUCAUCUGAGCAUCGGUCACUUAGACUCCUUUUACCUGUGUAUGCACAUGGUGACACAGCUUUGUGUCUGUCUGUCUGUCUGCUUCUUUCCUGUCUCUUUCAGACUCAACUAUAUCCGUUCCUGUGAAGUCAUCGCUCACGGUGUUGUGUGUGGAUACACAGGCAGAAGGAAUGCGUGUGUGUUGGGAGUGCCGGGCUUGUUGGAGUACAGCCAGCCGAGUCGUCCUGUUACAGGAAAGAAGCAGAACAGACGCUUCCUGUCAUCAGAAACGCAGUUUCAUGCAAGUUAACAAUACUGAGGAAAUGGGUUGCCAGUGAGGUUUAACUACAAUUCACCGCAGUUUGUGCGAUGGUUGUCAGAAGAAAAGUAUACUUGCUAUGCACUGAUUAUAUUUUGGAAAAAAAAAAAAAGGUUUAUAGAAAGAAUAUGCUUUUUUUUUGGUUAAUUUUUGUUUUCUUAAUAACACUUGGUUACUCCUUUAGGUUUACAAGUAUAAAAAAAAAUUCAGGUGAAAAAUUAUAUGCUCACUAUUGCCAAGAAAUUUCGGGGUGUGUGUGUGUGUUUUGUGAGACGUUGUAGUUUGUAAGACAACUGUUAAGUUGCGGAACGUCAGGAAACGUUUUUGUGGGAGUUUUUUUGCAGGUUUCCUCAGGUUUGUGCUGAGAUUAGUAAUCUUCUCUGUUGUUGUUUGUGGGUUUUUUGUAUGUUUUUUUUUAACAUUCAUGAAUGUUAACACAACUGAAUCAAAUUUUUGCAUAGGACUGGUCAUUUGAUAGAUUGUUGUGUUAAACUGAGAAUGUGAUACAGAAGCAUGUAUGGCUCCCAGAGCAAGUGUGCUCAACAGCCAUACCCUCCUUUCAGAAGCCACAGAGCCAUGUUCAGAUAACUGGGUCCAGCAGUCAUACGGCGUCUCGGGUUUGGAGGUACUGGUCCAAAAGAGAGACGAGGGCGGUAUUAUUCUACAUUGGGUCUUACUGUUGAUCUAGUUUGACCCAGACUCUUUGAAAAUGUUAGAAAAUCAUUUAUUAUUAUGCAUAGAAAAUUCUCACUAAUAGCUUUAGAACUGACAAAAAAACCUUAACAAAUUGCAUUUUACUAUUUGAAAAUUAAAAAAAAGUAAAAAUGUGAGUGCUUUCAGUCAUGGGGGAUGGGGUAAUGGGUGUUUAUCCAGAGUACCAGACUGAAAGUCGGAGGGGCGUUUUGUUUACAUGGGAAUUAAUGAGUUGAAUCUAACUUUAGCAAUCGAGUUGAAUCUAACGUUACAUGUUCUCAAUUACCAGUAAAGAUUUAUCAUGGAUUUUGAUGUCUUAAACAAUCAGCCCCCUGAACUAUGUUUGAGUCAAACAAAAGUUGUCUAGUAAACUAAAAGUAUUGGCGAGUUGAAAUGAACGGCAGGGAUCUGGCAUGAGCGUCCAUGACAGCAGAUGCCUGCUGGAAGUUUAUUUGAUGUGCAGAUCUACAGAAGAGACAUCCUGUGUUCUCUGAUGGUGGAGAUGGAGCAAAGAAAAGCGUCUGACAGCUGGAACACACCCUCACUAUCGGGACUCUCGCAUAGAUGCAGGGGGAUGUCUGUCUUUUACAGACAUCGCUCCUGUGCUGUUAUGGGCAGAACGGAAUUGGCUUUUCUGCUCUUGAAUGACAAACAUCCUGCGUUGGGUUUGACUAGCUUAGGAGGUCAGGGUUGGGGAGUUAGCACCACUUAAAGGACAACAGUGGUAUAAUUCAACGCUGUUAAUCCGGGUGGGGGGAGAUGUGUUAAAGUCAUUGGACUACUACAGAAAGAUCUGUGAAGGCAUGUGAUUUUAGGAAUGUUGCCCUGCGGCUUAUGGAUUUGUGAGUGUGUUCACACACUAUAAAAGAGUAAUAUAACUGCAUUAUUGCAUUUUUAAAACUGUUUUGAGUGAAUGCACUUUUCUGGGGGCAUUUCUUGUCCUUUAAUGAGGAAUAUUGAUGUUAUAAAUGAUGAAAUAAAACAUGGCAGAGGAUGUUUCUUUCUCUUAACCUGCUCAGCCAGAGUGAAAGGAUGGAGACGUGAAUAAACCUCACAAUUGUCACUUUGAUUAAUACUGUUUCAUUAUUAGAAAUGUAUUCAUUUUAAAGUUUAUCACCUUGAGAAAUGGAGUUAGAGUUGCCAGCAAAGCUGGUUAUAUCGAUUGCGAGUUUUAUGGUAACUAAACGUGGUGCUUUCAUUUAAUUUUUUUUAAUUGUGUUUGCAGACAACAAAAUCACAAUGUGUGAGUAGAUGUGUGAGUACAUAAUAAAACAUUAACUUUGUUUUGGAA